GUUUUUUUUUUAUUGCUAGGCAUAUGGUUUCACCUCAAAAAGCACUCAUUUUAUAUAAUUAUUAUCAAAACGACAACCAACAAACCAUUCCAAAUGUUGAUAAUAUAGUUCGUUUAGGUUGUUCUGGUCGUAUCUAUUUGGAAAACAAUGUGGACUCUUCUAGGAGUCAAGAUAUUAUUCAAUUAUUAGGAUUAUCCGGAUGCUCUACUACUAUAGAGAUGGAACAAACCUUGAAUCAUAGAUUUGGGAAAAUGAAAUUGGGUAUCAUAUCUAACUCUUCACAACUCAUUGACAUGACAAGAUCAGCUGGACUUGCAUAUUCACAGUGGUUACCAACUACUACUACACUAGAUCAACUUGAAGCAUAUAUUCAUGAUGGACUCGAUACAGCCGGCGAGUAUGAUUUAGAUUUUUUACUGGUGGAUAUGACUGACCAAUCAUGGCAAUGGACAGAUGCGAUCAUGGGGAAAUGGCUAGAACAAUCUACUAUCUUGAAAUGCAUAGUGACAAGAUACCAUUGUGAACAAAUUGAAACUGGGAACGAACUUGUACCUCAAAGUCAUGAAUAUAAAAACGGUGUACGAAUCAAAGUGAAACAGGAUAUCAGAUACCUAUGUGCUUAUUUUCAUGAUGGUUCAACACGUGUUGAUACAGUCAACAAGUUUGAUAUGGAGCAAAUGGAUCGAUUGGGUUGUAACGGAUCAAUUUUGGCAUGGCAUUAUUUGGCGGAAAUUGGACACAAGCUUGGAUAUGUACCAAAGUAUGGUGCUUAGAUAUAGAUUUAGAAUAGAUACAUUUAUAUAUGUUUAGUUUAUUUUUAUAGAAUUUUCUUUUUUUUUUUUUGGAUCAUCCUAAUCUUUUUAAUAUAUCAAAUAAAGAACAAUGAUACAUUUCAUAGCAUGUUAUUGACAAUAGAAAGAAAGGAUGAUUUAUCUAUAUACAAUUCAAAUUUGUUACAUUCUUCAAUAAAGUCACUUAUUGAU